AUGAUUUCUACUAGUCCUACCCCUUUACCAUCGGAAAACAUUCAUCUCACGCUCCCACCAGUUCCCCCAAACCCCUCAAGCAAAGGAACUUCUGGUGCCGCUCCUACCGAGGCUCACAAGCGGAAAGUAAGGCCUUCAGAUUCUCCGACUACUAGUGGUAUUCCUCCCGGUCUUCUCCUAAGAAAAUACAUACCUCUCUUUCUUCCUUCAACCGAGACCAAGGGCUUGCUGACGCCAUGCUUGACCUUCCACCGACCACUCUUACUUCAUCCGGUGAGGCUUUACACUAUUUCUUGGGAUAAGCUUGCAAAGCUUCUUUUUCGUCAGAAGCUGUUCAACUCUUUUGCUCCCCAGGUUUCUGUACUGACCUCUACUCUUGUUGUUUCAACCGGCUCCCUUGCCAUUACUCCUGUUGCUCCUUCAUCUACCGAGGCUCUGUUAAGUCCUACCAACAUUAUCAACCUAGAAUCCUUGAUUCCUGACGUGGAUGUGAUGGAUUUUAAUUCUACCGAACUUCUACCUUGUGGUACUUUGGCAUUCGCUCCGACAUCCUUGCCAUUUUUGGUGUUAGUGGCCUCUUCGCUGCCACCCUUCCAUCGUCCUUUUGGAAGCACUAAGUUUUACAAGCUUCCUACCUUGGGAAACAUCACUGAUGAAGAGUUUAAGAAGGCUUUCGAGCUUCUAGAGGACAUCCGGGAGCUGGAGAAAUCAGGGCUUGUUUUGGAGAGAGACGAUCUUGCUAUUGAAAAUGGCCGUUUACUCCGGGAACUAGAUCAAUAUUCCCUAUGUUAUGAAGAGCUUCAAAGGGCGAAUGUUAAGCUCAAGAACAUAAUCAGCAAAGAGAGUGCCCAUCGUGGUGCCCUAGCCACAAAAUUAAAGGAAGCCACCAAAAAGAACUCUAACUUGAGUUUGCUCUGUUCUGAGAAAGAGGCCCAAAUUGGGCAGCUUAAGGAAAGCCUUGUCGAGUGUCAGCUUAAACUGAAAGAUCAAAUAGCCCAUUCUGAAAAAUUCACGAUGAAUGUUGUCCUCCACUUUUCUGCCAUUAAGCUUGGCAUACACCGAGCUUGCCUUGAGAUGAAGAGUAAAUACUCGGUGGAGCAUGAUGGAAAAGAAGUUUUGUACUCAUAUCUAAAUACCGAGGAAUUGAUACUGCAUCGUUUCUCCAAUCUUACCAAUAAUGACUAUCCUUUCUUCAAGAUGGUAGAUACUAAUAGCAUGGAUGUGGGUUUACUAAAGAAGCAUAUGGAAGAUCUUGAUUCGGCUACCGAUGUUGAAUGA